UACAGUAUAAAAACAUGUCGGACAAAAUGACUCAAAACGAGUUUUCUCAAAUGUUGAGGACGUUUUUACCUGGAGACAAAUUUAGAGAAGUAACAAUGCUCCUGAAAAAGGGUAAUCUGGAGCUGCUUUUGGAUAAGACGUACAGGGAAUGGUUGAACAGGCAAAGUUAUAUGAUGUCAAAUGUUGGCCAAGAUAAUGAUUCUCAUGUCAAGGAGAAAAUUGCUGCAAUUAUUGAGAAGUUAGUUCAGUGCGUGGAACCAACCAUCUCAGGUGAAGGGGGUUGGGACAGAGAAAAGAUGAUGAAGUAUCAAACACAAUCUUCUGCUGUUAUGUUGAUUUGUCAAGUUUUGUUGUCCGCAUUAUUCUGUGAUGAUAGUCAAAAGGAAACAGGCAGUGGAGUGACUUUGGAUUCAACUUGUAGGAAGUGUAUCAUGAAAAAGGUCAGCUGCUGUUUGGUGACAUUAUGUGCUGCACACACAACGUCACAGCUGUGGACAAGUACAACAUCAAAGACUGCAGCGUAUGAAUUACUGUCACUGAUAUGCACUCACUGCCAGUGCUCAUCAAUACCAGAACUGCUCUGUGGAUGUGUUGAGGUAGAAUCUGGUGUCUUGACGGAAGAAAACAAAUUUGAAGACAGCCGGACAUUUAACAGAGUGUUUCCUCUAGGAUUGUUCAGACAUGUACUUGACUAUUUAAGACCACAGCUUCUAAAAGAUACUUGGAAGAAAUCUCCACUUGCUUGUCAUGUGUUAGUGUGGUGUACAAUGCAAGUUAAGCAUCCUUACAUUGGAGAACACUUUUUUAAACUGAUGUCUCCUUUGUUACUUCUCAUAGAUGAUUAUGAGAUGGAGAGCAAAACGUUGGGGUUUAAGUGUUUGAAACACGUUGUUGAUAACAUGAAUUCAGCCGAGUUGCAGUGGUAUGGAAGAGCUGAUGUUCUUUUUGAGGCUGCCCAACGUCACGUGUACACUAGUGACCCGUUCCUGGUCCGUGUUCUUCAUCCAUGCUUGCUAAGCAUCCUGACUGUUGUAGAACCUUCUCCACAGAAAUCCAAGUUUGGAAGGAAGACAACUAAGUGCGACAGCGUGUUUCAGAUUAUUCUCUCCUCCAUGGAGUUUGAAAGUAAAAUUGCGAUGAGAAGGGCGUAUGCAAGCCAUCUGAAAGAUUUUAUUGAGCACAUGGGCAUCACAAUACUUCGUCACUUUAAGCGGCUUUUAAGAGUUCUGGUCUCGUUCUUGGAAGUGAGUGAUUAUCCUGAUGAAGAGACGCGACUGAACAUCUUGGACUCGUUAAACGCCGCAAUGCUACAAGCAUGGCCGAGGAUUCCUAAUCACAGUUCAACAAUCCUCAAGUGUCUUCUAAAGUUGCUUGUUGAUGUGACAGACUCUUCUGCUCAUCUAACAACUGGAGCUUAUCAGCAGUUGAAAAGUAAAACAGCAGAGUGCUUGCUUACACUGUUGAGGUGUUGUGGCAAAGUCGUUGAGGACCAGUUGAAAGAGUUAAAAGGUGUAGGACACAAAGAAGUUGAAGCCUGCGCGGAGAAAGUACUGAAAGCAAAUAACAGAGAAACGGGGGUGCCAGUUUCCCUUCAAGAAAACGAGAUCACGUGACAGCUUGUGUGUGGUGAAUAUCGAAAGAUAGCAAACAUGCAUACUUAUGACACCAGUGCGUAUGGCUCUCUGUGGCUCACAGGAAGGUGCGACCUCUCACGUCACCAGAAGAACCUCUCUGUAUUCAUUAUGGACCUUGCUGUGUGGACCACCUCCCCCUGGAUUCAGCAAGGUUUAAGCAAUUCAUUCGCGUCCAGAAUUUAAUUCUAUAACUUAAUUUGUUAGGCUUCUUUUGCCGGAGAUGUUUCGCUGGAACGUUUCUUGUAAAACACUUCGUCCUUAUUGCAAGAUAAAUCCUGUUCU